AUGACUAACAAGAAAAUAGCCAAAAAGAAACCACUCCCAUGUGCAAUAUGUGACAAAACCCUGGGGAAAACAAAAGUCAAAUUGCAGUGCCUAAAUUGCAAGAAGUGGGCACACAAAGAGUGUACAGGAGCACAAUCCAACUGGACAUGUGCUGACUGUGAAAAGGAAGUAUCAACCACCGAAGACGAUACAGACUCUGAAAAUGAAGCUGAGGAUAGUUCUAGCAGUGAACCUGAGGCAACCCCAAAACAUAAAAAAAGCCCACGAACACAUACAAAAAUUACAUUAAAUGAUGUGAUGAAAAAGCUGGAAAAAAUUGAAACCAAACACGAUGAACUAUUAAAAAAAUUCCAAGGAAUUCUAGAAGAAAACACUAAACUCAGAGAUGAGAUAAAGAACCUUAAAACCAAACAACAAAAACUGGAAAAACAAACAGUGAACAGCAUCACAGAAUCAAACAAAACUAAGCAGGAAAAACUAAGCAAUAAUAUAAUAGUACAGGGCCUGGAAAACGUAAACAGUACAGACUACAAAAAACUAAUAACAAAGAUUGGAGAUGAGUGUAACUUUAGAAUAACUGAAAGUGACAUAAAAGAAGUACACAACAUAGGCAAAGAUGCAAGCAAAAUGCAGUUAAAAGUGCAAUUUUCCACAACAGAAGCUAAAGAGUUCAAAGGACCAGAUUAA